GCACGUGUACUUGAUCAAGUGCAUGCAGCAGAGGGUGACCGGAGAGGUGUGGGACACCAUCCUGCAGGAAAUAUACAAGGAGACUGGCACCUUGGCGACCAGUUGGACUGACGCCUCUAGGGCGCUGUUCAACGUGAAGCAGAAUCGUGUGACCCAGUGCUUGGGGCCUUUCAGCAGCAACGGCGUCGCCAUUUCGGAGGCAGAGUGCCUUUCCAAGCGCAUCUGCAACUGGAACCACCAGCUCUCCUCAGAAACGGAAUGCACCAGGGAGAUGCUGGACAACAUGGAUUGGUGCGGGUGCGCGGAGGGCUGGUGCUUCCAACAG